UAUCUGUGUCCUCUGUUAGGAUUCUGCAGAAACACCCUUUCUGCAACAAUGGCAUCUGAACAGAACCCAACGCCCAAGCAGCACCCCACAUCGACCGCUGCCCAUAAGAUUGUCCUGUUUGAGCAAGAAAACUUCCAGGGUCGUUUUCAUGAGUUGAAUGGUCCCUGCCCCAAUUUGAAAGAAGCCGGAUUGGGAAAAGUUGGUUCCCUUGUGGUGCACUGUGGACCAUGGAUUGGCUUUGAACAGACUGGCUGCAAGGGUGAACAGUUUGUGUUUGAGAAAGGAGAAUAUCCUCGCUGGGACACAUGGACAAACAGUCGCCGAAGUGACAACAUUGGUUCCUUCAAGCCUGUGAAACUGGAUGGGCAUGAACACAAGAUCAUUCUUUAUGAAAACCCCACCUUCACUGGAAAGAAAAUUGAAAUCAUUGAUGAUGAUGUACCAAGUUUCCAUGCUCAUGGAUACCAGGAAAAAGUGUCAUCCAUUCGUGUUCUAAAUGGAACAUGGGUUGGCUACCAGUACCCAGGCUACAGAGGCUACCAAUAUUUGCUGGAGAAGAAGGAAUACAAGGACAAUAGUGAAUUUGGAGCCCAACAGCCUCAGAUCCAGUCUGUCAGACGUAUUAGGGAUAUGCAGUGGCAUCAGAGGGGUGUCUUUCAUCCCACCAAUUGAACAGCACCUCUGCUCCACUUGUCAGUUUCUCACCAAAUUGCUGCUAAAUUCCUAACUACAGGUUAAACAACUGCUUUCCCACAAUAUUCUGUAUGCAUAUAUCAGCUGAAGCAACCCAAUAAAAUCCUGCAUUUCAAACUCAUCUCCUCUAUUGUGUGUUUUCUUUUUAAAUAUGAACUAACUUAACAGCAAAGGAGGUGGAGGGAAGAAACACUGGAUUUCCACAAAAUUGAUCCUAUUGAACAGCGUUUACAGAGAUGUUCUGUGGGAAUAAUUCACCCAAUGGUUUGGCUGUAAAAUAGGUUGGUUCCAAAUUUUCCAAAACAGAUAUCAAAAACAAAGCUUAAGUAUCACUCUUCAUCACUAUCCAAUUGUAUGUAUUGGAAAGUGUCUGGGUGAACUGUGACGUUGACUGCUCAGGAAUGUCUUACAUGGGUGCUGGACAGUGAUCAGCAUUCUACAAACAAAAACUCUUUCUCAGAUUCCCCAACAACUACCUUUGUUGGGGAACCUGGAAAAUUGCAGCUAUCUACCAAUUUGUGUUUAUGUGUAUAGUUUACAAAUUUAUGUUACCAGCAGGGCACAAUGAGGAGACAAUAGGAAACUUAAACUUACUGGCAAACCUUGAAAAGAGUAAGUGGGUACCACUGCAUCAUGUAACACUAUGGUCAGUACUAUAUAACUAAAAUUUUUUUAAGUGAAAAUACAAACUGCUGGAGAAACUCUUCAGGUCAGGGAGCAUCUGUGGAGGGAAUGCUUGGUCAACAUUUGGGGUCAUUUGACAGUCCAGAUGAAGGAUACCAUCCCAAAAUGUCGACUACCUAUUUCUAUCCUCAGAUGCUGCUUGACUUGUUGAGUACCUCCAACAUCUAAAGUUUCUUGUGUCUACCUUUUUUUUAGUUUAACAUUUGACCAUUUGAUACAUUUUGGAAUACUGAACUGUGAAAUGAGGUGAGCAGGUUUUCACACAGUUCUCUCCUGGUAGCAUUGAUCCUUGAGCAGAAUUGAACGUUGUUGCACAUUGCACAUCCAAGCUAAGAGGUGUAAACUACAAAUGCAGAUCUUGUUAGUCUUGUGUCAUACAACGAUGUGACCACUGAAUGGCAGUGCAGGCUUGUGACAAUAAACAAUCUGCUCAGAACAUUUGCAACAAUCCAGGGUAAAGAAUGAAGUGUUUCAUAUCAGCGACACUGAACAAUGUUGAUGUGCACAAUGUACCCCGCCUUUGGUUGCAUAUCAAAUAACUUCAACUUUAUCUCUAGUGGGAUUAAUCAUCCAACUAUUUUACUUUGCGGCCCAUUUGACAAAAUAUAAAUUGGUGGUUCACAGUUUUUGUGCACAAAAAGCGAAAACCUCUGGUCUCAACAGCAAACCAUAUCGCACAGAACUGCCAAAAUACCCAGUAUGGUUAGCGUGUGAUAUUUCAGCUCUGAACUACUGAAAACAUUAAACAAUAAUCUAAUAUUUUCUUCCAAUUCAUUGUAAAACCAUAGCUCUGACAUUUAGUCGUAUUACUGUCAAUUUCAGUAAAAACUAAACAACAAUAGUUUUACUAUCUGGAUCUGAUACUCGAAAUUUGACAAGAAGACACUGACUGUGCAACCUCAGAGUACGGUGCCUUUCAUGAAUGCCAUCACUGUGAUGCUAGAAAUCUUCCAGGUUUGACCCCGACAGUUGAACGCUGUUAGCUGGUCACUGAGCUUCAAUGAGCCUGGCAGUUCCAUUUGGAACCAGCUGAAUACAGUGACAGCUCUGGAACAUUUUGCAUCUGGCCUUGAAAAAAGUUGCUAAGUUUCAGUACAGGUACUAACAUAAGUUAGUUUGCAGCUGCAGCCACAGACCAAGGGCAGCUAUAUUUCCUUUUCCCUCUAAACUCACCAGCUUUGCAAAAGGUUAAAAAAAAAGAAAUAAAAGUGUGUUUGUGUUAGCAGUGGGAAUAGCUCAAUGCAAUUGGUUACUUGUCCCACUCAAUGUCGUCACGUUGCAGGAUGCUGUUUAACAUGAACUCUGUCCUGGAAACGGGGAAGUCCACGCCACAGAGAUUAGUAAAUCUUUGUUGGCACUUUUCUUCACAGUCAUUGGUGAAUGUGUGUUGACAUUAAAAUCUAGGCAAAUGUUGCAAGGAAAUAGGCAACAUGAUAUCCCUGUUUUUGCCUGUACUGUUUUCAUCGGAUUCAGGUGGUGCAAAAAUAAUUUCACUGCGACCAGAAAGAUAACUGAAUUAAAAAUCCUUGAAUGAUUGGUAGCAGGAGUAUGUAUAUACUCUGUAUAUUACAUAGGACAUAGUGCAGCACAGGAUCAGGCCCUUCAGACACAGUGUCUGUGACGAAUAUGAUGCCAAGUUAAUCUGCUCUGCCUGCACGUGAUACCCUUCCAUAUCCAUAUGCCCAUUUGAGAGCCACUUAAUUGCCACUGUUUUACAUGCCUCUAUCACCACUCCUAGCAGAAUGUUCCAGACACCCAUCACCGUCUGUAUAAAGACAACUUGCCCCGGUCGUCUCCUUUAAACUUUGCCCCUCUUCUAUUAAAGCUAUGCUCUCUACUCUUUGACAUUUCCACCCUGGGAAAAGGGUUCCGACUGUCUAUACCAUCAUGAAUAUUUCUAUCAUAUAUACAUAUAUAAGACUGAAGAAUGGUCGUGUUACUCCAGAGAUUCUCUCUACUUCUUCCAAUUGUAGCCUUCAUGAUUCUAAAUAGCUCUGAUCAGGUCUUCUUGUUCCCUCUGUUCCAAGGAGAGUAAUCCCAUCUUCUCCAGUCUAUCCACAAACCUAAAGUCUCUCAUUUUGGUAAAUCUAUUCUUGACCCUCUACAAAGUCUUCGCAACAUUCAUCAAUUGUUGGUGCUUGGAACUGGCCAUAGAGGCCAUUCGGGUAACCAGGGCCGGAUUUAGAUGAAGAGAGGCCCUAAGCUGUUCUACUCGUAAGGCCCUACCCCCACCCCCACGACUAGAGGAAGAUGGUCCACCAGAUUGACACCUAUUUGCAGCCGAGCGUGGCCAACGAGAUAAGGGGCUGGAAAGCUGUGCUUUGUUUAUUUAUUUAUUUAUUGCCACUGCUAGUGUCGAGUUAUUGGCUUAAAACACUAUUAUUCUGAAAUGGAGGACAAGGAAAAUUACUGA